UAGCCUAGCCACCACGCUGUGGUUUUUUUGCAAUCUCUUCAAUACGCUACCUUUUAAGGUCAAGAUGUUGUUAAGUAUAAAAAAUAUCUUAUGGAUGUACUCUGCAUUAGUUAUAACAUCUAUGCUACCCAAAGUUAAAGCAGAAAAAAAAACCCUGGUAAAGGGAUCUCUGUCUGGAACUUCAAUGUUGCCAUGCUUCUUUUCAACCACACCCACUAUAAGCUCCAGCUAUGCAGCUGAGUAUCUUCGAAUCAAAUGGUCAAAGGUUGAACUGGAUAAAAGUGGAAAAGAUGCAAAAGAAACAACAGUCCUCGUCGCCCAAAAUGGCAACGUCAAAAUAGGUCAAAGCUAUAAAGACAGAGUGUCUGUUCCAACCCAUUCAGAGGAGACCGGUGAUGCUUCGCUGACUUUCUCUAAGCUGCGUGCAAGUGAUGCAGGAGUGUAUCGCUGUGAUGUCAUGUACGGAGUUGAAGACACACAAAGCAUUGUAUCAUUGGCUGUGGAGGGUGUUGUGUUUCAUUAUCGUGCAGCGACCAGCAGGUAUACUCUGAAUUUCACGCAAGCUCAGCAGACUUGUCUGGACAAUGGUGCUGUCAUAGCAAGCCCAGAACAACUGAAAGCAGCCUAUGAAGAUGGAUUUGAGCAAUGUGAUGCUGGCUGGGUGUCUGACCAGACUGUUAGGUAUCCAAUUAGACAUCCAAGAGUUGGCUGCUUUGGAGAUAAAAUGGGAAAGAAAGGAGUCAGAACAUAUGGACGCCGUUUUCCUAAUGAAACGUAUGAUGUGUACUGCUAUGUGGAGCACAUGGAAGAUGAAGUGGUUCAUGUCUCUGCCCCUGAGAAGUUCACUUUCGAGGAAGCUAAAGAGCUGUGUCGGAAAAGAGAUGGUGUUCUUGCUUCUGUUGGGAAUAUGUAUGUCGCCUGGAGGAACGGCUUUGACCAGUGUGACUAUGGAUGGCUGGCGGAUGGCAGUGUUCGUUACCCAGCCUCAGUGGCAAGGCCCCAGUGUGGUGGAGGUUUACUUGGGGUGAGAACCCUGUAUCGCUAUGAGAACCAAACAGGCUUUCCUUACCCAGAUAGCAAGUUUGAUGCCUACUGCUAUGAACGCAAAAAAGUUGCUUCAGAGCCUACAACUGUUAAGCUGACUACAUCACUCAAAACUGACAGUGUAAGAUUGUCAUCUGCUAAAGUUACUCUUAAACCUCCUGUUUUUGAGACUUCAGUUACUGAAGUGGCUGUCACCGAAACAGAGGUCCCUGCUUUGGAGGAAACAACCCUUGAGCCUGGAGAAGAUGCCAGAAUUACUACUGAUGUGGCUGAGGAAAAAAGGGAAAUGGAGGUGCUUAUGGAGAGCAUUGAGCUGACCACCCUUCUACCUCAAACUGUCACAGAUGGUGAAAUAAGCACUUAUGAAACACUGGGAAGGACUGAAUACGAUGUUUCACCUAGGUUAACUGAGAGCACAUCUGCAGCUUUGGAGCUGGAGCACACUUACACUGAAGCAGAAUUGCCCGAGGAACAAGGUAGGUCUGAAAGCAUUGAGGACGCUUUCUUGACCUCUGUCAUUUUUCAGGAUAGCACAGCUGUAUCUAAGAGUCCACCUGGUUCAUGGAAAGAUACACAGAAACAUGAUGCUGAUAAUCAGACUGAACAAAUAGAAGUGGGUCCUGUCAUGACAGCUACAGAUAACCUGCUACCAGCUUCUCAGAGAGAGUUUCCCAGGACAGGGACUUCAGUUUCAUUAAGAAAAGAGAAUACAUAUCUUGGUGCCCACUCAACAAAAGAACCCACUAAAAAGUCAAUGGAGGCAAAAUCUGACAAGAAACUUACAACUGUGGUAAUCCCUAAGGCGUUGUUCACUGAUCAGUAUGAUCUUACUACAGAGGGGGAGGGCAGAGAGAGCAUGUACACCAUUAUGCCUGAUAGAGUUUCUAGCAUGGCUACUAGUAGAGUCCCAGAAUCGCAUAUGCCUGCUGCAUCAGACACACUCACAGAUGAGCAUGCAGGAACCACUGGACAAUUUUCUACAGCAGAUGAGUCAACUCCAUUCAUUAAAUUCAGUUCUGCAACAGUGUUUGAUAAUGAAGCAUCAGCUGAUGGAAGCAGAGAAGACCUGAGAAAUGCAAAACCUACUGUGCCAUCCAGAACACCUGUAUCCUUUUCUGUAUCAACUGCUAAUCAAACAGAAUCAGAGGCCAUUACUCUCUCAGGAAGCAAUGUUUCUCCACAAAGCUUUGAAGAAAGCACUAUGUCUCUUAUCCACUCAUCUCAGCAAAUGGAAGGAUCAUCCAUUUUAGAGGAGCAGGAAAAAAUGAAGGAGGCAGAGGCAAGAACGAUGAGUAUUAAGAUACCUCAUGCUACAGCUAUCAUUCCCACAAGUGUUACAGCAGAAUCUGAAAGAAUACAUGAGUUAGAUACAGAAGAUGGCUUGUCUGGAAUGGAGCCUACAUCAUCUCCAGGGCAAGUUACAGAAUACAUAAAGCGUUCAGAAGCUUUGAUUUCAGCAGUUACAGAUGAAACUGAGACAAGCAUGGAGCCAGCAGAAACAAAAACUGAUGAAGAAGCUGUGUCAGCUGAUUUUGAUCACAGUAAACAUACUACAGGCAUCUCUCACACAAGCAGCUCUUUGGAUAUGGAAAUGGUCACAGUGCCCAAAAUAUCAAAGGAUGAAAGUAGUGUGACAGUAAAGUCUUUUAGCUCUUCAAGUAUUAUAGUUUUCCCAAGUGUUAUGCCCACAGUCAUGGGAGUAUCUGAACAUGAAGGUGAUGAAAUAUCGGGUUAUGCUCUGGAAACACCCAUUACAACCCCAGAAGCUGAACACGGACAGCCUAGGAAGACAUCAACAGCAACACCUGAUGAGGAAGUCUCUACUGAAAUGGAAGUCUCAAAAUACACAGUGGUAGAGGAAGGCCAGGCAAGUAUUGCAACAUCAACUGAGGAGGAGUUGGUGGCAACGUUUCAAGACAGAGAAAGAUCACCAUCAGUUGGUUUUGGAAGGACAGAGGAAUCUAUUGUAUUUACAGAUGUAACAAAGGUAGAUACCACAGUCCCACAGAAAGAAUUUGAUGCUUCUCUGUUUUCUGCUACUGUAGAGAGUGAGGUCAUAAGAGGAAUGCCAGUUACUGAUCCGACUCCUUUUGAUAGUAUCUUUCAUUCAGAAGUAACAGAAACAACUGCAAAAUAUAGUAAGGUAUUCCCAGAAGAAAUCUCCACAAAAGAACAAGAUACUGUCACAGAGUCUACCUCACCUGUGACAUCUGCCCAAAUACAUGAACAGAAGACAGCACCAGAAUCUGAAUUGUCUCAAAUAGCUAUUCAGGAAAAACAGGAUGAGACGGGUUCAGCUUAUGAUGAGACAUAUCCAGCAACAGAAGUAUCAGUGCCCUCGGUGACCAUCACAGAUUAUGGAAGAGUUUUAGUACCUAAUGAAGCUAGCACCAUGUCCUUGUAUCUCACAAUUACUCCUGAAGCUGAAACUGCUACUGAUCAAGAGAAGGUUACAAAAGUGAUGCCUGUAACAGCAAGUACUCAAGCUAAAACACACGAAAGCAGAGAAACUCCCACCAGGAAAGAAGACACUGAUGUGGUGAGCUUGGUAUCUGUGUUGCCCCCUCAUAAGAUGCCAGCAGUUCUUUCUACUGUGGAAAGCAUUACUCAGCAGACUUUGGGAGCUUCUCCAAGCCAAACUGUGGAAGGUUCAGGUGUAUCAGAAGAAAUCAGAGUGUCUGUAUUUUCACCAAUUGCAACAGAGAAGACAGCGAUUCUCACAGAUGUAACAACACCUUCCAUUAGUGAUGCAGGCAGUGUUCAGUCUACAUCAUCAUCCAAGACUUUCACUACUCAAAAAUCACCUCGUAUCAUUCCUGGGGAAGAAGAGGAAGUAACAAGCAAUGACAUCAUCAUAAUUGAUGAAUCUCUCUCUGCUAGUAAAACCACUGCUGCUGAUGAUCUGACAGGAAAGAUACCAGAAUCAGAAAUCGAUAAGGAAUAUUUCACAGCUUCAACUGCUACUGCAGUUACACGACCUACUGCACCACCCAAAGUGAAGGAGGCCGCAGAGGCUUUGCAACCUGCAGAGGUGUCUCCUUCUACUUCACAACCUGAUAGUACAAAAGACAUAAGAUUAUAUGUUAUUCAAGUCGCAGGCAAUGAUACAGAUCAUCCGGUGAAUGAAUUUUUGGAUCUGUUCAGUCGCCAUGUGCUUCCUCAUGCAAUAGAUGAACCCCAGAUUGAUGCAGAAUCAACUCAGACUGAACCCUGUACUUCAGACUCUGUGCAGGAUUCAUCUGAAUAUAUAAUAUUGGAUCCUUUCUUUCCAAACUUUCUAGAGUUUGAAGAAGAGGAAGAUUGUGAAAAUACUACUGAUGUUACGACUCCUCCAGCUUUGCAGUUCAUCAAUGGAAAGCAGCAGGUUACUAGUGCACCUAAAAGCACAAAAGCUGAGGAAGCAAGAAGUGACCAAAUUGAAAGUGUUGCACAUUCCAAAAAUGUAACCUUCUCUCAAAUCAAUGAAACAAACACAUUUAUAAUAGCUGAAACUGAAGCUUCUGGUACUAUGCAGCCAAGCAAAGCUGGAGAAGUAAUGGGGGCAUUUGAUGUUACACAAUCAACAGCAGAUGUUGCAAUGUUAGAACCUGUUUAUAGUGGUGAGUCAGAGGUUGCCACAACAGAUAAAUCAAUAGCUAUUACUUCUUCAUAUGAGCAGUCUCUGCAAAAAAAUAAGGAGACUGUAACAUGGCAUGGAACUGAGGAGAGCUCUACUGAAGACAAAAAACUAUUGCUUUUCAUUCCUAAUGAAUCUUCUGGAGAUGGCUCAACUGAAUCCGAUUUUUCCAGCUCUAUCUUCUCAGAAAUUGUGACAACGUCAAGAAAGGAAGAUGAUGAAAGAAACUCUGAUGUAACUUCUGCUCCUGAUGCAUUUGCUGUGGAAAGUUCUGCUUCAACAGCUUCUCUGGAUGCAGUUUUGAAUGUUGCUACAGUAGGCAUGGGUGCAAAAGACCUUCUUCCAGAAAAGAUGACACCUGCUCUAGGAGAUAGUUAUAAAUCAACAAUAAAACUUCAUGCAACUUCCCCUAUUGAAACUAUUCUGGAAACAAGCGGUCACACAAUAAAGCCUGAGAUGAGUGCUGCUUCCUUCAUAGUUCUGGAAGGCUCUGGAGAUGUAGAGGAGGGCAACACUGUGAUAUCAGCCAUAACAAGGGAAACAGCAGUAACAGAAACAAAUUCAGUACAAGAUAUUUCUCCAGACUCUGACACAGUACAGCCAAGAGAAAUGUCUGUAACUGUUUCAGGAGCUGCCUCUGCCUUGCCCAGAGGAAUAGGCACACUUCAUUCUGUUUUGGAUCAAAGUUCUGUAGUAACUGCUUCCACCAAUUCUGUGUCUGAGUUCAUUAUGGAAAAAGUGGUCACCAGCACUCUUGUGACUGAAAGGAAUAUUGAUGAUGAAAAAGAAACACAGACUGCUAUUUAUCCAAGUCAGGAAAAUUCAGCUACUGCUACAGAGGGAUAUUCAGAGUUGAGUGAAACUGGAGGUACUACUACUGAAGUUAAAACUGUAAGUCAAGAUCCAACCCAACUCAGAAGGCCCGAACUAAUAAGAAGCAACUUAAGUUCUGAAAUAAAAAAGGUCACCAGUGUUCCUUUCUUGAGAGAGAAGAAGUUUUUUAUAAAUGAAGGAUCAGCAGAAGAAUCAGCAGACAUAUUUUCAGGGGGUCCCACAAACAAAGUGGUAAGUACUGACUCCUUGUUUACUGAUCCAGGUUCUGGAGACACAGAUGUUGUGAUUGAAUCUACUACUUUAACUUCAGUUCCAUUAAAGCUUGUCACUGAAACACAAACAGAAAAGCUUGAAAGCGAGUAUUAUAGCAUAGAUGGUGCUUCACUGGGAAAUGCAACAACAGAAUAUGGGGACCAUGCAAGAACAGAUGAAUCAGCAAUAUCAGUUUCAAGUACUGGGUCAGAUGGCUUGACAAAGAAUUCUGAAGUGACACAUCAGAUGUCCCGGGAUGUGUUUAGUACAGUAAAACCAGGGCAACAAAAGCAGGAAACAGAACCAAUUUACACAGCUCCAUCUGAAGUAAAUUCUAAAACAGAGAUUAUAUCUCAUGUUGCACCAGGAAUGAAAACUGAAGUAACAUUUCAGGUGACAUCAUCUCUAGAACCAGUGGUUAGUAAUAGCCCUCAUGACAUCGUGUUCACACGUGGUACUGGCAGUAUAAAAGCAGUAGCUGACUCUACAGAAAGCAAAACCGCGAAAGUUAGUUCUUCGACUGUCUCAUUAGGCAAGAUUUUGGUGGCUGAGCAAGGUUCUGGAGAAGAGUUCAAAGAUGACAGCAGCACCACAAAACUGAUGUCUAAUGGACCUACUGAAGAAAUACUUGAAAAUCAUUUUUCAUUUACUGAUCAGGGAUCUGGAGAAGCAGACAUACACAUUGAAUCAUUUGCAAAAACAUCAGUUCUCCCCACUGGGAAGCAAGAAACAAAUGAGAAGUAUGACAAGAACAUAGUUAGCACACCAUCUACGGACAGUGCCUUCACUACUGAAACUGAUGAAAUAAUAACAAAUACUGAACAUGAGUUAACCACAAUGGGAGCUAUAGCUGACAUAAGAAUGGGAGAGAAAACAAGUGAUGAACUGACAGCAACAGAUUUUUCCACGAACAUUCCUUUCAUUGAAGAUAUGCAUUCUGGGGAAGAUGGAGACAUUUCACCCAAACCUAUAGACUUUUCUGAAGAAACAACAGCAGACCCAUUCUUUAAAAGCACACAAGGCUACCAUGAACAUUUUGGGGUUUUAAAUGUUCCAACUGUCAGUCCAUAUUCAGAAGAAAAGGAAUUAGAAACUCAGUCUGUUAAAAAAAUAGUUCUACCGUUUAAUGAUGACAAAGUAACUGAGCCUGUAAAGAUUGAAAGGAAAUACAUGAGCUCUCCAGUUACAAAUACAGAGCAAAAGGAGGAGUUGCUACAAAGUAUUUUUCCUACAAAAGAUGUUCCAAGAUCUACCCUGACACCUAAAGAAGAAAAGCUAACAAAUCAUGACCUUAUUGAGGAUCCAAUAUUUUCAGGACAAGGAUCAGGAGAUUACCUCACUGUUAUUUCUUCUGUAGUGCCAUUGGCUGUGAAAGAAAUCAUGAGCACUUCAAGUCCUCAAACUUCUCUUCCUGCAAAUAUGAGACCCAAACUUUCAACUGACAAGACUCAGGACUUUGUAAGAGGAAGCACAGAAUCAAACGCUGAAGCUAAUGAAGAAGUUACAAGUGCUGUAACUGAGCUGCUGUCAAAAACACACCAGUUCUCUAGCUCACUGAUCACCAGUUCCCCAGCUUUAGCAGAAGAUAAUUCCAAGAGCUCCAGCACUAAAAAGAUUAUAGAGAUGACACAUUAUUUUGUUGCCACUGAGGAACCUCACAACAGUGAAACUAACUACUGGAUGAGAGAAAAUGAAACAGACAUGACAAUAACUACUUCCACAGAUGUUUCUCAAGAUGAAACUUCACAUUUCCUGAUUAAAGAUGACUUAACUCCUGUUUCUGUAACAAUGAGUGGACCUCCUAAUCCUGAAACAGAAGAAUCACUUGUAACAGCAACCACAAAAAUGCCAGGCAGAGUGUUACCUGAAAGCUCUGGAGAAGGAUCUGGCUGGGCUGGUGUUUUAGAUUCAUCCUCUUCUGACAUGUUUACUCAUUUGUCAAUACCUCCUAUGUCAAAAGUAGACCUAAGUACUUCAUCUGGUGUUCCUGUGGAAGUUCAUUCUGAAAUAAUGACAACAGAGGCACCAACAGAUAGAUCACAGACUGUGAUCAGGGGACUAGCAUCACUUUUUACAGAAGAAAAAGAGAUUGUGUCUUUUCAACCACAAACAACUACAUCAGAACAACUUACAAGUGAUACUGGGAUAUAUGAGAAAAUUAUUCCCAUGAUUGAUGAUAAAAGAAGUGUUAUACUGAAUGUUUCUGUUUAUGGUGAUAUUACACUAAUUGAAGACCGACUUCAAAUCCCACCAGAGAAAACAAAUAUUAUAGACAUGGAUCACACAAAAUCGAUGCCUGAAGAUAUAAUAAGUGUGCAGACAAUGCCAAACCCUGUCAUACACUCAACAUACGGCGGUGAUGACAUCAUGACAGCUGAAGCAGAGAAAUAUGAUUCAACACCUGAACUUUUCAUAACCAAAGAGAAAACACUUGGAUCUGAUGUUAAUACUUCUUUGUCUACUUCUAGUCAGCCAAGCGGUGAAUCAGUAACAGCUGAACAAGGACCAAAAUCAGAUCACAAGUAUUCGGGUUCAGGGAAUUCCAUGACGUUUGCGACAGAAGGUCUCAUCACUACUGAACUCUCUGAACUGGGUGAUUUCCUUCCUACAGUACCAUCGCUAGCAAGUCCCCAUGUGCCUCAUGAGCCUAUAAAUGUCAUAACAAGCACAACAGAAGUCACCUAUGAGCUGAGUACUUCAGCAAACAACCAGGUAAUAGCAGAUCAAACUGAGGGACUUUCUGUCUCUGGCUUUUCUGGAAUGGGCCAAGAAGAACUGGAUGAUGAGCGGCCUGUGGUUCCUUCUCUUAUACCAAUUUUAACUAAUGAGACAGAAAAGGCUUUGACAGCUGACGUAUUUGAUGCAAGCAUUAUCACAGCACAGCUUACAUCUCAAGUGACACCUGUAUCAUCUAAUAAGAAUAAAGAAAAUCGUCCUACAGUAUAUGCAAACACAAAAUCAGCUUCGGCAGAGUAUGAAGAGGCAGAUUCAGUAAGCUUUCAUUCUGUACUUCAAACUCCUAAAUCCUCAGUAACUGUUCAGUUAGUUAAUGGAGUAUCUGAGUAUCCUGAGGUAAUCAUUCCAAGUACAUCAUCAUCAAUGGUUCCUGAUAUGUCCAAUCACUCAUCAGAAGGAACCUUCAAAGAGGUGAGUUCUGAUAUUGCAGCAACGUAUAAACCACUCACAAUAGACCUUCUUGACAGAACAGAACCUUCUUUCCUGGAAUUUUCUCCCCAACCUGUUUCAGAAAGCAGAACAACUGAAAGUACUCCUCACUUUAAUAGACUUGUUACAGACAUGGCAGAGAAGACAAAAAUCUUUCCAACUGAUUUGGCUGUUGAGGAGGAAGCUACUGUUUCUGGAGAUUUUCCACCAAUGCAAGUCUUGCCUACUGCUUCUCUGAAUUUUGGACAAAGAAGGAGCACAGAUGUUCCUAAAGUUAGCACAUUAAAAGUUGAAGCUUCCUCAGAAAGAGUAAACAACUCCCCCCAAGAAGAUGACAGAAGUACUGAGAGAGAGACCACAUGGCUUUUUUCCACACCUGCUUCAGAUUCACCCAAUAGUAUUGCAACUGAAACAUUGAAACCUGACCAGGAAGCAGUUACAAUGCUAGUUUCAUCUUCACAACCUUUGGAUGGAAGCAUGGAAACACAGUCAGCUUUUUUCGGUCAAGAGGAGAUCACAACCAUUUCUUCUAACAUUGCAACAAACAACCCUGCUCCUGUAAACAGUCAAAAUCAAAAUGAGCAUUCAGCCAUAAGCUCAGAGGAACCAAAUACUCUUGAACUUGUAACGUCAUCAUUUUCCCUUCCGGAAGUCACUAAUGGAUCAGAUUUCCUGAUUGGCACCAGUAUGGGUUCAGUUGAAGGCACAGCAAUGCAGAUUCCAGGCCAAGAUCCUUGCAAAAGCAAUCCCUGCGUUAAUGGUGGUACCUGCUACCCACGUGGCUCAUUUUACAUCUGUACGUGUUUGCCAGGUUUCAGCGGUGAGCAGUGUGAAUUAGAUAUUGAUGAAUGCCAGUCGAACCCAUGUCGGAAUGGAGCCACAUGUAUAGAUGGCCCCAAUACUUUUAUUUGUUUGUGUCUGCCAAGCUAUGUAGGUGCUCUGUGUGAACAAGACACGGAGAUGUGUGACUAUGGCUGGCACAAGUUCCAAGGACAGUGCUACAAAUACUUUGCCCAUCGGCGUACGUGGGACACAGCUGAAAGGGAAUGCCGUCUUCAGGGAGCACACUUGACAAGCAUCUUGUCCCAUGAGGAGCAGAUCUUUGUGAACCGUAUUGGGCAUGACUACCAGUGGAUUGGCCUUAAUGACAAGAUGUUUGAACGUGAUUUCCGCUGGACUGAUGGUAGCCCACUGCAAUAUGAGAACUGGCGACCAAACCAGCCAGACAGCUUCUUUUCUGCUGGAGAAGAUUGUGUUGUUAUAAUAUGGCAUGAGAAUGGGCAGUGGAAUGAUGUACCAUGCAAUUACCACCUUACCUACACCUGCAAGAAAGGAACAGUUGCUUGUGGUCAGCCUCCUGUUGUGGAAAAUGCAAAGACUUUUGGGAAGAUGAAACCUCGUUACGAGAUCAACUCCCUUAUUAGAUAUCACUGCAAAGAUGGUUUCAUCCAACGUCACAUUCCAACCAUCCGGUGCCAAGGGAAUGGAAGAUGGGAUAUGCCUAAAAUUACUUGCAUGAAUCCAUCCACAUACCAAAGGACUUAUUCUAAGAAGUACUACUAUAAACACUCUUCAUCGGGAAAGGGAACAUCAUUAAAUUCAUCAAAACACUAUCAUCGCUGGAUCAGAACAUGGCAAGACUCAAGGCGCUGAGAGCUAAAUGGUGAAUGAAGAUUUCCACCAUUUCAGCCAAAGUCAUAACUUUCUGUGCCUUUUCUAUCACUUAUUAGGAGUAUUAUCAAAUUGUUUUGAAAGUAUGGACUGCGGUAUUCACAAUGCAUUUUGCAAAAAUAUGGUGUUUAUCAGAAAAUCUUUUAAAAAAAAAAAAAAAAUAAACAAACGUUAAAAAAAAAAAGAAAAGGAAAAAAAAAAAAGGAGACAUGCUUAUGGGGAUAAAAGAAAACCAUUUCCAGCCUAUAAAGAUUAUUAGUUUUCUAUAUGCCAUCGGUGUGGACCAUUUUAUGAUAUCUACCAGCCUUCUGCAAUAUUUAAACAGCUCGAUUUUUAGCACCAAUGAAAAUGUAAAUAAGAUGAUUUUUAAUGUUGUGUAAUUGUGUGUUGUUUUUAAAAUCCUGUAUAUAAAAUGAAAAGUCACACUAAUUUCAGGCAUAUUUAUGGUUAGAAUGGCCUCAGAGGCCUUCAGUCAUUUAUGGCGUUGUUUUUGUGUUGUUUACCUAGGCUGGAAAUGGUUGAUAUAGCUUCACUGACUGAAAUUUGAUAUUAUCAGGUGAAGAUAAACACGCAAGUUACAUGACCUAAGUUUUUUGGGUUUUGUUGUUUUUGUUGUUUGUUUUUUUUUUUGGUUGUGGUUUUGCUUUAUGGUUUUGUUUUGUUUUUAAUGGGAACUCUGCUGAUUCUCAUCCAAGGUAUAGUUUUUGUCCAUGCGAUGCAAAGUUCAGACAGAGCGCAGGCAUAAACCAUGAACUAGGGACUGCAACUUUUUUUUUCCUGCUCUCCAUCCCAGCUUCACCAUUUCCAUUCCAGCUUCACCAUUCAUGAGUAAGGACUGACUGGAGGAGUUGUGUGUGAUGAGGAGGGCUUGUAAAAAUCCAAGUGCUAAUACAUUAACUUUAUCAACCAGGGCCAUUUUUUUUUUUUUUGAAAGAAAAAGAAAAAAAGACAAGAACAAAAAUAAGAAAAGAAAUUUUGCUUUCAUAACAUUAACCACAAGGUCUAUAUUACAGGUGUUUCCAUUCUGAAAAUGGAGAUAGACCUGGUGUUUGGGGGAUUUUUUUUUUUUUGUAGAAAACAAACAAAAUUUCAAAAAAGUAAAUGAUUUUGUAUAUAUAACCUUUUUUUAAUCUUUUUAUAAAGUAAUGAAUGUUUGUGUAUGAAUGCUGCAGCUGUGAAGCGUACAUAAAUAAAUGAAGUAAGCCAUACGGAUUUAAUUUAUUGGAUGUUAUUUUACCCAUGCAAAGAAGAUUAAAAGAGCUCACCAAGUGCAGUAUUAGCCCCUGAGCUCCGCUUUUGGAACCAUCACUCAGCUCAACUGCUAUUUCCCCAGAGAACAAAAUUCCUGCUAAACAGGAUCAUUUGUUUGCGGUUAGAUGGGUGAGAACUGUGUGACUUACAGAAGAAUCAGAAUCUUGGCUUUCUAUGAAGAAGUGUGUGCACAGAGAUUGUGGGUUGUAGCUGUCUAUGUAGGAGUUUUCUGUUAUGAUUUCUUACCCUGGUCAGCUCGAUGACUGACCUGGAUGUGUACAGUAAGUGUAGAAGGUGAUGUCUGAAAUGACCUCUCCACAGAAAGGACUGUUAUUUCUGCAAAGUGCCUUGCACACCUUUGGGCACAGAGGAAAAGGAGGGAAAAGAAAAAAGGAAAAAGAAAACAAACCUGAAAGGACAGUAAGUGUUUCCUAUGUUAUACCUUUUAAAAUAGCAUUAAAUACAUGAACACAGAUGGGAGGUUCACAACUUUGUGUUAGUGUGGGGAUAUGAUGCAUAGAAGUUGAAAAGGAAAGGAAACUAAAUUGAAACACAGCCAAUGCGUACGAGUUUGUACUAGGCAGAGCUGCCCAUGGAAGGGACCUUGCUGUAGCUCACUGGGAGCAGUACUUACUGUUCCAGACAAGAUCCCCCAACCUUUCUGCAUGGCAGCACUUCACUGUGUUGGCUGGUUCAUUCCCCACCCCUUGCCCCCAAACAAUGCACAUAAUACUUUUCUCUAUUUAUAUUAUUAUCUUGUAUAGUGUAUAAUGUGAAUGUCUGGGGGUUUUUUUGUGAAUUAAAGUCUAAAAUCUUUGUAACUUUUAUAUCUGCUUCUGUUUCACCAAAGAAACAAGGUUUUGCUAUACUGUGACUUGUCUUGUUAUUGCAUGUCAUCCUGUUUAAAAUCUAUGCAAUGUGAUUUUUCUUUUUCAUAUGACUACAGUUAGACUGUCAGGUACUUCAUGUUUAUCAGUGGGCUUAGCCAAGUGCCUGCUGGAGUCAAAGAGGGUCAGCUGGCUGAACUUUAGUAGGUGCUGGAUUUGACUAUACGAGCAGCUCUAGGGGAUAUUUUAAGAUAUACAUUGUAUGUUUUGAAGUCGAUUACUGCUUGUAUAAGUCAAGGCUCUGUUCAUAAAUAUAUGGUAUUCUACACAUCGCUUCCUUGUACCAGAAACAUACACAACAGACAAUAUUUUUUAACACUUUGCAAACUUUCUCACCAUAUGUAUAAAAAGCCCUGCAUAGA